AUGAUUGGCGGAUUGUUUGUGUACAAUCACAAAGGAGAAGUGCUCAUCUCAAGAAUCUAUCGCGACGAUGUCACCCGAAACGCCGUGGACGCUUUCCGAGUCAAUGUCAUCCAUGCUCGGCAGCAAGUUCGGUCGCCAGUUACGAAUAUGGCUCGCACCUCGUUCUUCCAUGUAAAGCGCGGAAAUGUGUGGAUUUGUGCGGUGACUCGUCAAAACGUCAACGCUGCUAUGGUUUUCGAGUUUCUGAAGCGCUUCGCCGACACGAUGCAAUCGUAUUUUGGAAAGUUGAAUGAAGAGAACGUGAAGAACAACUUUGUGCUCAUUUAUGAGCUCCUCGAUGAGAUUCUCGAUUUUGGAUAUCCACAGAACACGGAUCCAGGAGUCCUCAAAACGUUCAUCACUCAACAAGGAGUUCGCACUGCUACCAAAGAGGAGCAGUCGCAGAUCACAUCUCAAGUGACCGGACAAAUCGGAUGGCGUCGUGAAGGUAUCAAAUACCGACGUAAUGAGCUUUUCCUGGAUGUCAUCGAAUAUGUGAACCUGCUCAUGAAUCAGCAAGGACAAGUCCUCUCCGCUCACGUUGCCGGUAAAGUUGCCAUGAAGUCGUACUUGAGUGGAAUGCCUGAGUGCAAGUUUGGCAUCAACGAUAAGAUCACGAUUGAAGGAAAGUCCAAACCAGGAAGCGAUGAUCCGAACAAAGCAAGCCGUGCCGCUGUGGCCAUUGAUGACUGUCAAUUCCACCAAUGCGUGAAGCUCACGAAAUUUGAGACGGAGCACGCGAUCUCGUUUAUUCCACCCGACGGCGAGUACGAGUUGAUGAGAUACCGCACAACCAAGGAUAUCCAACUCCCAUUCCGUGUCAUCCCAUUGGUUCGUGAGGUGUCCCGCAACAAGAUGGAAGUCAAAGUUGUCGUCAAGUCCAACUUCAAGCCAUCACUUUUGGCUCAAAAAAUUGAAGUUCGCAUCCCAACACCACCGAACACAUCCGGCGUUCAGCUGAUUUGCAUGAAGGGAAAAGCCAAGUACAAGGCUGGCGAGAAUGCCAUUGUGUGGAAGAUCAAGCGUAUGGCUGGAAUGAAGGAAAGCCAAAUUUCGGCCGAAAUUGACCUCCUCUCCACUGGUAACGUUGAGAAGAAGAAAUGGAAUCGCCCACCGGUCAGCAUGAACUUCGAGGUUCCAUUUGCCCCAUCUGGCCUCAAGGUGCGCUACUUGAAGGUGUUCGAGCCAAAACUCAACUACUCUGACCACGACGUGAUCAAGUGGGUCCGCUACAUUGGAAGAUCCGGAUUGUACGAGACUCGAUGCUAG